AUGCGCCGAGCUCCGAAACGUGUGGUUCGAUUCGAUCGUGUUCAACGAGUACGUCAUUUUAGUGAUGAUGGUCUUGAGCCGGAAGAGUAUAUUAUGAAGGGGAAGAGAAAACGAAUGCGUCUGUUGGUACCAAUGCCUGAAGGUUGUUAUGCGGUAAGGUUUUGGGUAUUAAAUAUUGAAUUUUAGAAGUUUAGGUAAAUUUUGAUGGAUCAAAAAGUUAAACUAAAGAUACUGAAUGAUUUUUGAUCACUUUCGGUUUUAUAGAGAAUCAAAAGGGCAGUUUAUACCUAUUCGUUUAUGUUAGAGGUAGACUUUGCUCACUUUUUCUUUUUGAGUCAAGACUUCCUCUAUAUUUCUAAAAAUUAAUUUUUCGUCAAAAAUUUCAACGAACUUCCGCUAAAACAAUGUUUUUAGAGUCCAAGCACGUCGAAAAAGUUUAAAUUGUCUUCAAUCCUUCGUUCAAGUCCACCGCCAGAAGAUGAAAAGACUGAAGUUCAGAAAUUCGUCGAAUCGGUGAUAGACAACAUGAAGGAGAAGUUUGGUGACGAUUGGCAUUGCAAGGACCCAGAAUUCUCUCUCAGAGUCAGCUUGUGUGCUGAAGAAGUGUUAAGCAAAAACGACGGGAAAUUUGUCAACAUUCAGAAGAUAUUCGAGGAUGAGUUUGAUAUUGAGGUAGGUGUUGGUUUAUGUUAUGUUUUUUAAUGUUUAGGUAUUAAAUGAGGUGGAGAUUAUUUUUGAUGUAGUUAGUGGAAGCUCUUUUCUAACUUUACAGAAAAUUCCAUGUUGUUUGAGCUUAUAUUCGUGGCUUACUGACGAUUUUAAGGGAUAUGAAUGUGGGCGUUAGAAAAAAUACGUUUUUCAAAUUUAUGCAUAAAAUGAGGAAGGUAUUUGUAUUGUUAUAGUUAAUAAAGGACCUUCGUUAGCUUUGCGGUAAAUUUUCACGUUGUUUGGCUUAGGUUUUCAAUAUUUUUCAAUGGAUAUUGAUGUAGGUAUUAGGUAAAAACUUAAUUUUUGAAGUUUUUGCUCAAAGUAAGUCGAUUUUAUGUCUUUUAUAGUUAGAAGCAUUUUGCCUAAUUUUUCUAUAAAUUUCACAUCAAUUAACUAUGUUUUUACAGGACAUUGAUGAAGAAACGGUGGCGGACGAGGAAUUCCUCGCUCUAAAACAACUUCACCUCAGCGCUCAGAUGGGUCUUGCCUUUUGA